AUGCUUAUCUUGAGGAUAGCGGCUUGCCUCGCCGCCUACCUCUUCAUCCAGACAUCGAUAGCGCAUUCGACGCAAAGAAAUCCGCUACGAAGCAUCAGCCGCCUCGAAGAGCCGGUUCUCCAUACUCCAUCACAUCGUGUCCACGCGGCUUCGACAUUCGAACUGUCAUUUCUCCUCCAAGAUGUCCACCAGAAGGUGAGGUUAUCGCUGCAGCCGAACCACGACAUCCUGCCCCGUGGCGCUUCUAUCCAGCAUCUGAACGAUGACGGGACGGUGACCAUUGAGGAGAUCAAUCGCCACGACCACAGGAUAUUCCGGGGCGAUACCUUCGUAAGGUAUCCCGGGCAUUCGGAGUGGACCAACGUCGGAUGGGCGCGAAUCAAUGUUCACCGCGAUGGAGACAAACCCGUGUUCGAGGGCGCAUUCCGGAUCGAUGGAAUACAGCAUAACAUCCAUACAGUUGCGCAUUACCGCGAGGACAGACUACGGGGCGAUCCCGAGAUACUGGGGCAGGCGGAUGACCAGAUGAUCGUUUGGCGCAACUCGGAUAUCAUGAGAAACGACGACGCGAACCUCCCGGACGAGUUGAAGAAGCGAGGUACGACGGGCCCCUCGUGCACUUCGGAUCAUCUGGACUUCAACAUGGACAAACGCCACCCCGUCUACUCGACGGACCAAGUGACCGACGACGGAUACCAGUCCAUCCCCGCGCGGUUCCUUUUCGGCCGAGACAUCGACCAAGGAACCAGUGGCAACGGAGCGGGCGUGAACCUGGGCUCGACCAUCGGCAAGACCGCCGGGUGUCCGACCACGAGAAAGGUUGCUCUAGUAGGUGUCGCGACCGACUGUACUUAUACGGCCAAGUUCCCCUCCAAGGCGAACGUGACCGCCAACAUCAUCCAAGUCGUCAACACUGCCUCUCAGCUGUACGAGAGCACUUUCAACAUCUCCCUGGGGAUCCAGAACCUGGUCAUCAGCAACGAGACAUGCCCCGGCACACCCAGGCCGGAUCGACCUUGGAACGUCGACUGCAAGGGGGGCCAGGCGUUGACGAUGCUCGACAGGCUGAACCUGUUUUCCAAGUGGAGGGGCCAGUCCACCGACAACAACGCCUACUGGAGCUUGUUCAGCACGUGCAGCACCGACACGGCCGUGGGUCUCGCCUGGCUCGGCCAGCUUUGCGUCCAGGGAUCCCAGGACGACACUAGCAACGGCAGGAACCAGACGACAGCUGCGACCAACAUCAUCAUCAAGACCGCGGAGGAGUGGCAGGUCUUUGCCCACGAAACUGGCCACACCUUUGGCGCGGUCCACGACUGCGUCUCGCAGACCUGCAGCGACGGCACCGUGACGAAGCAGCAGUGCUGCCCGCGGAGCGCGAGCACCUGCGACGCCGGAGGAGGUUUCAUCAUGAACCCGUCUACGAGCCCGGACAUUUCGAAAUUCUCCCCCUGCAGCGUGGGCAACAUCUGCUCGGCCCUCCAGCGCAACAGCGUCAAGUCGACGUGCCUCAGCAGCAACCGGGACGUCGUGACCAUCAGCGGCGCGCGGUGCGGCAACGGGAUCGUCGAGGCCGACGAGGACUGCGACUGCGGCGGCGAGGCGGGCUGCGGCAGCAACUCGUGCUGCGACCCCAAGACGUGCAAGUUCACGGCGGGCUCCAGGUGCGACCCGGCCAACGAGGAGUGCUGCACCCAGUCGUGCCAGUUCGCGUCCAACGGCACCCUGUGCCGCGCCAGCACCGGCGCCUGCGACCCGGCCGAGACGUGCAGCGGCUCCUCGGCCCUGUGCCCGGCCGACGUGACCGCGCCGGACGGGCAGGCCUGCGGCGACGACGGCAAGGGGCUGGCGUGCGCGUCGGGCCAGUGCACGAGCCGCGACCUGCAGUGCAAGACGCUCAUGGGCUCCUUCACGACCAACAACGACACGUACGCCUGCGGCCAGGACGGCUGCCAGCUGAGCUGCGCCUCGCCCGAGUUCGGGCCCCGCACGUGCAUGAGCAACAUGCAGAACUUCCUCGACGGCACGGGCUGCGAGGGCGGCGGCAGGUGCAAGAACGGCAAGUGCCAGGGCUCGUCGCUGGCGCGGGAGAUCGGCGACUGGUUCUCGCGCAACAAGAAAAUCGUCAUCAUCGUCGCCAGCGUCGUCGGCGGCCUGGUCGUCAUCGCCAUCCUCAGCUGCUGCAUCUCGUCGUACCGCCGCCGGCAGCGCAGGCCUCGCAAGGGCGUCGUCCCGCCGCAGCCGCAGCCGCCUGCUGGCUGGAACUCCUACGGCAGUAACCACCCGCCCGUCAACAACAACAACAACCGCUGGGCCGACCCGCGCAUGACCGGCGGGUCGGGCCCGCAGCCGCUGCUGGGCCCGGACGGCGGGCAGUGGGGCGGUGGUGGUGCGCCGCCGCCGCCGCCGUCGUAUUACCAGGCUGACCAGCAGUGGGGGCCGCCUAGGAGGCAGACCAGCGCGCGGUGGGCUUGA